CUUUCACGCUUUGCCACUUGCCUGGACGGUAGACAGUUCCUUCUGAAUUUUCUUCCCUUUCUUCUGCGUCAUUUCUCUCUUCUUGAGUGUACGUUUUUCCUCGACUUGCUGGAGGCUCUCGUGUUUUUCGAACCCGUUCGGAGUUCCCGUUUCUUCGAUUCUCUUGGAGCGACGUCUCUGCGUGUGUUGGUUUAUGUGCGGCUGUGUGAAUGCAGUGCUCCUGCUUCUGUGCGUAGAUCUUUUCUUUUUUAGAGACGGGAAAUUCUCCACCUGUUUGCAGAGACAGCUUUGAAUCCUUCUCAGUGAGUUCUGUGUCCCCCAGCGUCUCUCCAUUGUCUUCUCGUGCAUGUCUGGCGUAUCCAACACAGAAAGCCUCGUGUACGGUACGCAUUCCUGUACACAAUACGUGCACACGUGGACGUUUUCGUGACUUUUCAUAUCCAGGUGCGUGUUUCGUUUCAAUUCUCCACACAGUGGUACCAGUUCUUCAUUUGCCGUCGUGUUUCCUAAGUGGUUCACGAACUCCGAAGGCCCAUAGUCACGAUUUUUUCCAGGCACCUCCUCCUGCUCCUAGGCUUGUCAUCUUUGUCGUGUCGCGCGUUCUUCGUCUCUUCCUUUUUCCGGAGAUUUCUUUUGCUAUUUUUGCACUUCGGUUUCCUUGCGAGACCUUCGACACCCCUGAGUGUGUCUCUCCCGAGUGGGAGCUGUUUUUCUUCUCUGUUGAGUCGCCGCACCUGCGCAUGCGCAGUCUUCCCUUCGAGACGCGAACAUAACUCUGAAACACUGACACAGAAAGGCCGUUACGAGCCAGCCUCCGCUUCUGUCACUUGUUCGUGAAACUCCGGUUUCCACAAUGAUCUCCGAAGGUGGUGUUCCGGACGUCCUCCAGAGAGGCGCUCAGCAGGACAGGGGCGAGACCGCCCGACUGCAAUAUUUCGUUGGCGCCAUCGCUGUCGGAGAGCUCGUGAAGUCGACGCUCGGCCCAAAGGGUCUAGACAAGAUCCUCACUCCGAUGCAAGGUGUGGAAGGUGGACGCAACGGCAGAACGAUCAUUACCAACGACGGAGCUACGAUCUUGAAGAGUGUCUGGCUGGACAACCCUGCGGCAAAGAUCCUUGCAGAUGUUGCUUUGCAACAGGACACAGUGUGUGGAGACGGCACAACAGGCGUCGUCGUUUUGGCCUCGGAACUACUGAAGCAAGCUGAGGAACUCGUGAAUCAAAACAUCCAUCCGCAGAUCAUCACAGCAGGCUACCGGAAGGCCCUAGCUGUUGCUCGCAAGCGACUUCAAGAAAUUUCUUUCGGCUGCGAAGAUGACGGCCUGCGAGAAUACUUGAUGAAGGUCGCUCGUACCACCCUCUCAUCUAAACUUCUCACACAUGAAAAGGAGCACUUUGCCAAGAUUGCUGUCGAUGCAAUUCUCCGUCUGAAGGAGCAUGCAUCGUCUCUGGAGCUCGUGCACAUCAUCAAGAAGCCUGGGGGAGGUCUCCGCGACUCUUUCCUAGACGAAGGAUUCAUUCUGGAAAAACGCAUUGGAACAUGUCAGCCGAAAGUCCAGGAAGACUGCAGAGUGAUGGUCGCCAACACGCCGAUGGACACCGAUAAGAUCAAGAUCUACGGCGCGCGUGUCUCUGUCGACUCUUUCGAAGCUGUUCAGGCGCUCGAACUCGCGGAAAAAGAAAAAAUGAAACAGAAGGUGGACAAGAUCGCCGCAUAUGGCUGCAAUGUCUUCAUCAACCGCCAGCUAAUUUACAACUACCCAGAACAGAUUUUCCAGGACCACAAGGUCAUCGCGAUCGAGCAUGCAGACUUCGACGGCAUGGAGCGUCUCGCUGCAGCUCUCGGCGCGGAGAUCAUAUCGACUUUCGAUGCUCCCGACCCCAGCAAGCUGGGAUACUGCAAGAAGAUGGAGGAGAUCAUGAUCGGAGAGGACAAAGUGAUCCGUUUCUCUGGCUGCAAGAGAGGCGAAGCAUGCACCAUUGUCUUGCGCGGCGGCAGCGAGCAUGGCCUCGAAGAAGCUGAGCGUUCUCUCCACGAUGCCCUCGCGAUUUUGUCACAGUUGGUGCUUGAGCAAAAGGGCGAAAAACAGAGUGGCCUUGACACCUCUGCUUCCCUCAAAGUAGACGGCAAAGUAGACAAGGCCUCUCAACUCGCAAACCCCACGGGUGCUCAGCCCCUCGUAGUCUGCGGAGGAGGCGCUGCUGAACUUGCCAUGGCUGCUGCGGUCGAGGAACUUGCUCGCACAGAGGAAGGCAAGGUGAGCCUCGCAAUCGAAGCGUUCGCCAAGGCUCUCAGACAAAUCCCGACAAUCAUCUUGGAGAACGGAGGCCUCGACAGUGCAGACAUUGUCUCCCGUCUGCGCGUAGCGCAUCUGCGUGGCGAACACACGAUGGGAGUGGACAUGGACAGCGGAAGCGUCGCCGACAUGAAAGUCAAAGGCGUCCUUGAAGCCUACAAAAGCAAACUAAGUCAAAUCUGCUUCGCGGCCGAGGCUGCUGAGAUGAUUGUGAGAGUCGACGACAUUAUUCGGUGCGCCCCUCGUGAGAGAUCAGGAAUGUAAACGCGGCGUUCGACGGAGAAGCUCCAUUGAGGAAGCAGCACAGAGUUCUGCUCGAAGUGGAACGAGCCUCUCUUCAUAAACACACUCCAACGAGUUCUGCUGUCAAGUGGAGCAACUCCAGUCUCAGUCGUACACACGUCCGUGGCUCAUAUAUAUAUAUAUAUAUAUAUAUAUAUAUAGUACAUGUAUUGGUGGUUCGCUAAUAGGAGGGUCACCAUACUGAGGCAGCCGGGCACCUGGGGACAACACAUGGGUGACUUCGUAUACCGCUGUCCAAUCUUGUUUUCGACUUACAUAGGUGAGGAACCGUGCCUGGAUGUUUUCUGUGUAAACCGGAGAUCGUGUUGGUGCCUGUUUUCGGCGGCUAGCCAGAUGCGUUCUAAAGAAAUUCCUCUCUUGACGUCGUGUGCCACCUCGUUUCGUCUCAACUGAGAGACGUCUAUCCUUUUUCGUCGCCCGCAGAUAACGGCGUGAGUGCCCUCGAAACUCCCGUUUUUCUUCUUUCCUUGAAUUCCUCGUGUCCUCCCCCGUACGAACAUCUCUCCUCGUAGACUUGCGUAUGCAUAUACACUUGAAGUUGCGCCAACAGGUGCCCAUGGAGAGCACCGGAAGCACCACAGGAGUUAUGGGAGUUCUUCCUCGCUUCUACAGUUCAAUCAACCGCAACAAAAUGGCGCUGUGUUCCUUAACCUAUCACCCUGUUGCCGCAGUCAAGAUUUCUUCAGUCCUUGACAACUCCUGUCUUUCACUGAUAUGCCGCGAACACUUUCUGCUUCGGCAAACAAAAAUCAUGGAAUUUUGUGUUUGCACGUACACCUAAUAAAAUUGUAACUACUCUGGAAAAAAAAAAGAUACACAGUCGGCUCCGUAAGCUUUUCUCAGU